AUGAUGCUCUCAACAAUAUCCACAUUAUUCCUGGCGGCUUUAGGCCUCGGGUCGCCAGCUCUGGCGGCACCAUCACCACGGCAAACACCGGGCUGGUGGCUGGCAAGCAUUCAACGGCAAGGAGCGCCCGCCUUCAACAACGAUCCCAGCUACAAGGUAUUCCGCAAUGUGCGGGACUAUGGCGCCAAGGGCGACGGCGCGUCCGACGACACGGCCGCCAUCAACCAAGCCAUCGCCGACGGCAACCGGUGCGGCCAGGGCUGCACCUCCCAGACGACGACGCCGGCUCUCGUGUACUUCCCGCCCGGUACUUAUGUCGUCAGCAAGCCCAUCAUCCAGUUCUACUACACGCAGCUCGUUGGUGAUGCCAUUUCCCCUCCGACCCUGAAGGCGUCGGCCGAUUUCUCAGGCAUGGCCGUCAUUGACGCAGAUCCGUACGACAACACCGGCAAAAACUGGUGGACCAACCAGAACAACUUCUUCCGCCAGAUUCGUAAUUUCGUCAUCGACCUCACUGCGAUGCCUGUCGAGGUUGGCGCUGGCAUCCACUGGCAGGUCGCCCAGGCGACCAGUCUGCAAAACAUUGUCUUCAACAUGCGUCAAGAUGGCGGCGACAGCAACCGGCAGCAAGGCAUCUUCAUGGACAAUGGGUCCGGCGGCUUCAUGGUUGACCUGACCUUCAACGGCGGGCAGUACGGCGCAUUCUUCGGCAACCAGCAGUUCACCACGCGCAACUUGACCUUCAACAACUGCAAGACGGCCAUCUUCAUGAACUGGAACUGGGCCUGGACCUUUCAGGACGUCAAGAUAAACAACUGCGGCGUAGGCAUCGACAUGUCCAACGGCGGUCCCGAGAGUCAGACGGUUGGCUCGGUGCUGGUCGUCGACAGCCAGUUCACCAACACGCCCAUCGGUAUCAAGACGGCGUACGACCCCGCUUCGCCUCACACCAACGGCACGCUCAUCCUCGACAAUGUCGACAUGACGGGUACGACUCAGGCCGUCUUCAACAAUGCCACUGGCGCCGUGAUUGUCCCGGGCGGUCAGAAGGUCAACUUCUUCGCCCAGGGUCGGACGUACGGAACCGCCGGGCCCGGUUCCGGCAAAGCGGUCCAGGCUCCACAGGAGGCUGUCCAAAAGCCCAACGUGCUUCUUGACUCAACCACUGGUAAGGUGUUCACCCGCACCAAGCCGCAAUAUGAAGACGUGCCGGUCAGCAGCUUUGUCAGCGUCAAGGCCAACGGUGCCAAGGGCGACGGAAAGACGGACGAUACCGAUGCGAUCCAGGCCAUCUUCGACAAGGCGACGCCCGACCAGGUCGUCUACUUCGACCACGGCGCUUACAUCAUCACCAAGACAAUCAAGGUGCCCAAGAACAUCCGCAUCACGGGCGAGGUCUUGCCCCUGAUCCUGGCUGGUGGCGACAGCACGUUCAAGGACCAGGCGAACCCGCAGCCCGUCUUCCAGGUCGGCCAACCCGGCGACAAGGGCGCGGUCGAGAUGUCGGACCUCAUCUUCGGCACGGCCGGUCCCCAGCCCGGCGCCAUCAUGAUGGAGUGGAACGUCGCGGGCACCACCGCAGGCGCCGCGGGGCUGUGGGACGUCCACACGCGCAUCGGCGGGUACGCCGGCACGCAGCUCAACCUCGAGCGGUGCGCCAAGAACCCCAACAUCACCAACCCCAUCAACACCGACUGCUUCGGCUCCUUCAUGAUGCUGCACAUCCCUGCCGGCGGCAGCGCCUACCUCGAGAACACGUGGUACUGGGUCGCCGACCAUGACCUGGAGCCCGAGGCCAAGGACGGCCAGAUCGACGUCUUCAACGGCCGCGGCGUGCUCAUCGAGGGCGAGGGUCCCGUCUGGGGGUGGGCGACCGCCUCGGAGCAUUCGGUCCUCUACAACUACCAGUUCCGCAACGCCUCCAAUAUCUACCUGGCCCUGAUCCAGACCGAGACCCCUUACUUCCAGGGCAACCCGGACGCGACGCAGCCUUUCGCCGUCAACGCGGCGUACGCCGACCCGGACUUUGCCCAGUCGUGCGCGAGCGACCCCUCCGGGUCGUGUAAGCGGUCGUGGGGCGUGCGCGCCAUCAACUCGAAGGACGUCUUCGUCUACGGCGCGGGCCUGUACUCUUUCUUUGACAACUACGCCCAGGACUGCCUCAAGACGCAGUCGUGCCAGACCAACAUGGUGUCGCUCGAGCAGGGCAGCCAGGUGCACUUCUACGGCUUGAGCACCAAGGCCAGCGUCAACAUGCUGACGGUCGAUGGCCAGGGCGUGGCGCUUGACAGUGAUAACAGGAAUAACUUUUGCGCGACCCUGGCGUUUUUCCAGUCGUCGGCUUAG